AUGGCCUCGCAGUUUUUUCUCAAGACAUCUCAAGAUAUAGAGUUAUUCCAGGGGUACCCAAGGUUUAACCAAAGUGUUGCAAACUCUAUUGGAGGUGGUGUAACUUCAUCGAUCCUUUCACCAUGUUCUCGUUUUUUGGCUUUAUCUACAAAGGAAGAGGUUAAAAUUUACACCGGUGAUCUAUUCGACCACGAAUUGUUAUCGUUGCCAUUGAGCAAUGUGUAUGAUCUGCAUUUUUCACCAUCAGGUAACUACUUGGGGACUUGGGAAAGACCUUCAGCACAAGAUGCUAGCCAUCUAAAUUGUAAAGUUUGGUAUUUGAACAAACAACUAGAUUCGCAAGAUGUGGAACCUAUUUAUCAAUUUCAGGCAAAAACUCAAAACGGCUGGAACUUACAAUUUUCUAAACUGGAUAACUAUGCUAUAAGACAGUUUGGUAAGGAAUUGAAAGUUGUCAAGCUAGAACAAACUAACCCAGUUUUUGAUUUUGACCAUCCAUUUGCCACACUUUCUCACAAGCAAGAAUCAGAAUCACAAGUGUUCGGUACUUUCCUAAUUUCUCCUGCUGAGCAUCCUACGAUAUGUACUUUCACACCUGAGAAAUCUGGUAAACCUGCUCAUUUGACCAUUUGGCCUAUCGUAGAGGGCCAAAUUACGAAGAAAAUCGUCACCAAGACUUUCUUCAAGGCAGAUUCUUGUCAAUUACAAUGGAACUCACUAGGUAAUGCUGUGCUUUGUGUGGCUAUUACAGACUUCGACUCUUCUAACCAAUCCUAUUACGGUGAAAAUACUCUUUACCUGCUGUCAUUCCAAGGUGUUAACGGUUCUCUAGGUGGUAACUCCGUCCGUGUGCCUUUAUCGAAAGAGGGUCCAAUUCAUGAUUUUACCUGGUCCCCAACCUCGAGACAAUUCGGUGUUAUUUAUGGGUAUAUGCCCGCUACCAUAACUUUCUUCGAUUUAAGAGGUAACAUUGUGCAUUCCCUUGAAGCUCAGGCAAAGAAUACCAUGUUAUUUUCACCAUCCGGUCGCUAUAUUCUAAUUGCAGGGUUUGGUAAUUUGCAAGGUGCUGUAGAUAUCUUGGAUCGUCAUGAUAAAUUCAAAAGAGUUUCACAUUUUGAUGCCGCUAACACUUCAGUUUGUAAAUGGAGUCCCGGUGGUGAGUUUAUCAUGACUGCAACAACUUCCCCACGUUUAAGAGUCGAUAACUGUAUCAAGAUAUGGCACGUUACUGGUAAGCUAGUCUUUGUUAAGGAAUUCAAGGAAUUGCUGAAAGUAGAUUGGAGAACCUUCUGUCCUUACAAGACGAUGGCAAACUCUCACAUAAUUAAAGACUGGCAAGAACCUAAAAAUGACAUUUCACAAUCAUUAGAUCCCAAAUUAGCGUCGGCAAACCAAUUGCAAAUUCAUGAAAGCGCCGAACAGUACGCUGCAAAGCAUCCAAAGAGUAAUGGCAGUCAAGGUGUAGGUUCUCAGAGUAAAGGUGCCUAUAAACCUCCACAUGCAAGAAGAGCCGGCGCAAAUGGCGGUAGAAACGUACCGGGCAUGAACGUUGUAAAUGCCAAACCACAGCCAAGGGCCCAAAUUCCUGGUCUUGUGCCUGGUGCCACUCAACAACAAGGUGGUGGUAAAUCAGCUGCUAAGAACAAGAAGAGAGCUAACAAGAGGAAAGAAGACCCACAACCAAACCAAAAGGAACAGCAACAACGGGGACAACAACAAGAAUCCUCUAGUGCCCAAGAACCUACUCUUAAGGAGACCUCAUCGCCAGAGGAGAAAAAAAUUAGAUCUUUACUCAAGAAGCUAAGAGCUAUCGAAGCUCUAAAACUAAGGCAAAGCAACGGAGAGAAACUAGAAGAUACACAGGUGCUAAAGAUUCAAUCGGAGGAAAAAGUCUUAUCGGAGCUCAAAUUCAUGGGCUGGCAAGAGGAGUCAUCGUGA